UUUUCCGAGACCUGGUCCAACGCUCAGAUCUUGCUACAAUCAUUCGUGUCGAUUAUUCCCGAGUCGUCAGUUGUGAAACAUGGGUAUUGCGCGAGCCAUCAGUUUUUCCGGACUUGUCCUCGUCUUCUUAACUGCAGCGUCUGCUAUUCCUCUACAGAUGCGCGGCGAAACGUCAGGCUUGAAUGAAGCUGUUUACACUGAACCAGAACUCAUGGAGGCAUUGGCGAGGUCGUACGGGGCGCUCGGUGGUGGAGCCCGUGAGGGCCGAGAUUUCCGCAUAGCCAGACAGUCCCGCCAGGGUUUGGACUCAUUAUCCGGCGCGACAUUCGGCGAGAGCAAGAGAUUCGACCCCCGAAGAAAGCCAGAGCUAUCCAAUCUCAGUCAGAUGGAACUGUACAACGGAGGGUUCAAGCGCAAUAUCGACGAGAUUGAUCGCGCUGGAUUCGACAGUUUUUCGAAGAGAAAUUUCGACGAGAUCGAUCGCGCCGGAUGGGACAGUUUCGUUAAGCGACGCUUUGUCGACGCCUAUUUAGCUUCAAGACAGCACUAAUUGUUUACUCGACACCUGUAGUCAACGAUCAAUUUACAACGUGUGAGAAAAUUAACGACUGCUAACAUUUUACCUCAAAGAUACUCAAUGUUUCUCGCAUUUCAUCGGGACUCCUGGCGUCUUCGGUUCGUUAAUUUACGAUUGUGGGGUAGCUGAGAGGUUGAAACGUGAUUUUUUGGUUCAACUCGGCAUUUGGGAUGGUUUCUCAGUUGAGAAUGUUCGGUAGAAGAGGAAAUCUGAGAGAAAAUCACGUGGAGUCGAUAGAUUUUUAGUAUUUUCGUGGAAUUUAGUGGAUUUGAGUUCAUUUUUGGAAGUUCUGUUCAUAGAAUUUUGUUAUUUUCAAAUGGAAUAUCUCCAGUGAAUUGAUUUUACAGAGAGUAGUCCGGAUUUAUUGACUUCAAAGCGAUUUCUUCAGCCUUUUUUUUUCUACUAAAUAUUUUUUUUCGUUUUAUGCGCGUUGAAAUGUUUCUGAAUAAUGUAAAAAAUCGAAAUUACUCAAAGAAAUAAAUCUGAAUUAAGGAUUUUUGUGAAUUGUUGCUACAAUUAUCAACAGAAUCUAUAGUUAUUGUAGUUGUCAAUUGAAUGAAUUCAGAAAAACGUUAUAAUGAUCAAAAAUACAGUUUCAGAAUUCAAUAUUGCAAUUGAGCAAUUCAUAACGCGUCAGGAAAUUAACGACUGCUAACAUUUUACCGCAAUGAUAUUUUAUUUUCAUUUAAUUUACUCGUCAUUUGUUGACGGGUUUUCACUUGAAAAUGUUCGAUAAGAGAGAAAAUUUAAUGGAAAAUCACGUGGAGUCGAUGAGUUUUCAUUAUUUUAGUGAAAUAUAUUGGGGUUUCGUAUUGGGGUUUAUUUUUAUGUUUAGUUCAUAGAAUUCCAUCAUUUUCAAAUGGAAUAGCUCCAAUAAAUUAAUUCUACAGGGAAUACACUGGACUUGUUGACUUCAAAGCGAUUUCUUCAGUCUUUUUUUUCUAUUAAGGCCCGGGUGUACUAUCUUUCGAAUAUUUUCUGGAUUUUUUUAUCUUUAAUAAUCCA